GGACUCCGAUGGGCACAGUGCAUCCCAGAGGCUCCAGCUCCUUCUCACCUUGGACAACAGUCCCAGACGGCUCCCAGCAUGUGUGAUGCAUUUGUAGGUACCUGGAAACUCGUCUCCAGUGAAAACUUUGAUGACUACAUGAAAGAAGUGGGAGUGGGCUUUGCCACCAGGAAGGUGGCCGGCAUGGCCAAGCCCAACAUGAUCAUCACUGUCAGUGGGGAUGUGAUGACCAUUAAAUCUGAAAGCACCUUUAAAAACACGGAGAUUUCCUUCAAACUGGGCCAGGAGUUUGACGAAGUCACCGCAGAUGACAGAAAAGUCAAGAGCACCAUAACCUUAGAUGGAGGCGUCCUUGUGCAGGUGCAGACAUGGGACGGGAAGUCCACGACCAUCAAGAGGAAGCGCGUGGAUGAUAAGCUUGUGGUGGAAUGUACCAUGAAAGGUGUCACUUCCACCAGAGUUUACGAGAGAGCGUGAAUGAGGGACCUUGGACGGGACCCACGUCUGCAUCAAGCUUUGACAUUCUGCUGGAUACAUUGUCCACACACAUAUUGUCACUUUCCACUAAUUAGCAAGCAACUGAUUUCCCCCCAAUCUGAUUUCACUGGUUAAAUAAAACAUUUUACAGUUA